AUGAAACCUCUUGACCCGAGGGCCAUCCUCGGCGCGGCCGCUCUCCUCUUGCUCUCGGCGUCAGAGUCGAACGCACACACACACGAUGCUCACAGGCGAGCCCAUGUCCACCACAGACAUGUCCACUCCCAUGGCUCUCAAACCGAUGCCCACCACCUCGUCCAAAGGAACGCCCAGGGCAAGGCCUUGUGCAGCCUGCCCAACCACCCCGACCUGGUCCGCGUCCCCGGCCUGUUAAACAACGGUUUCGCUAUGAGCCCUGACCAAGAAUGCGUGGAGGGAAUCUGGUGUCCCAUCGCCUGCAAAGCAGGGAAGGUCAUGGCGCAGUGGGAGCCUGGAUCCAGUUUCACUUACCCAUCGUCCAUGAACGGCGGCCUCUAUUGUGGCGCCGGCGGCAAAGUAGAGAAGCCAUUCCGGAACAAGCCCUUUUGCGUUGACGGUGCAGGCACCGUGAGUGCUGUCAACGAGUGCGGGAAGCCUUUAUCCUUCUGUCAGACCAUCCUUCCUGGGAACGAAGCCAUGCUAUCCCCUACCGUCGUCUAUGAGUCGGCAACCUUGGCCGUGCCUGACCCUAGCUACUGGCGCGAAACAAGCGCACACUUCUAUAUCAAUCCCCCGGGCGUGGAGGACGAGGGUUGCAUCUGGGGUGACCCCUCCAAACCUGUCGGCAACUGGGCCACCUACGUGGCUGGUGCCAACCAAGACGCGAACGGCAGGACUUUCGUCACACUCGGUUAUAACCCGAUCUGGGAAGGAUCCAGCCUGAGCAGCACCAAACCCAACUUUGCCGUCAAGAUUGAAUGCCCCGGUGGUGGCUGCAACGGCACGCCCUGUUAUAUCGACCCUUCCGAGAACGCCGUGGGCGAUGUCACCAGCGAUCUGGGGUCCACGGGUGCCGGAGGCUCACAAUUCUGUGUCGUGACCGUUCCCAAGGGCGGAAAAGCCAACAUCGUUGUAUACCCGAUCGAUGCCUCAGGCGGGGACACCGGGGGGGAUGACGGCAACAAGGACGACGAAGAUGAAGAUCAACGAGAUGAUGAUGAAGAAGAAGAAGAAGCGGAAGCGGAAGAAGAAGCAGAAGAAGCGGAAGAAGAAGCAGAAGAGGGUGGAGAAGAUGAAGAGCAAGGGGAAGACGAAGACGAAGAAGAAGACGACGACGUGGUGGUGGUGUCUAUGGAUAAGCCAUCUUCCGAGCUACCGAUACAAUCGCCCACCUCGACCGCCGAACCUUCGUCUGAGACAUCCGUUGCCUUCACUCCAGCCAACACUAGUGCGCCGUCGCGAGCUGGUGAAGGAACGACCACUUCCACAACAGAAUACCCUUCGGUCCUCCCAGGUAUCUUUCACGGGGAUGACAUUCCAGCGGCCCAGGUUUCGGGCACCUCCGUGUCGGCCAGUCUCGAGACAAGCAGGGCAACCUCCGAGUCGGUUUCCGAGGCGCAAAACGCUGCCUCAGUCGACUCGGGCCAGAACGAGGGGAUGAGACAUGAAAACACAGCUGUCGUCGGCCUUAUCGUUGCCCUCAUCGCUACUGGUUUCUUAUUUUAA